AUGUAUUCCCGCCAAAAGAGUACAUCGCCAUUUUUGUUUAACUAUGGCUAUACGCUUACACGUGAAGCAGGAUUUAUCUGAGACGAAAGAAAAUAUAUUGCAUUUAAUGCCAUGCAAAAUUCAUGGCGAUGAAUCUGCAAACGUUUCCUCCUAUUUUAAACCAUAUAUACGUAAAAUCGACGAUGAACAUUAUAAUUCUUCAUAUCGUGGAUAUCCUCUUCAUGGAAAAAAGGUAACAAUACCUGAUGGAUACAGAGGUAUCACGUUUCGUGAACAUAAAAAACCAGAAGUGGAAAAUGUAGAAAGGAAUUUAUAUUCUAUAGGAACAUUUUCACACUUUACUUAUUGGAACUAUGAUAAACUUCCAUCUAAGAAUGAUGCCUUAGCAGCAGCAAUUGAUUGGAUUGACAUUGCUGAAGCAGUAAGUUUCAUGUAA